CAGCUGAAGAGGCGUAGCUCGGCGCUUUCUGCUCAUUGUGCGAGAGAAAUUUCCGCUUCCUGCAUCGAUAAAUACCCCCAACAACACCAAGUUGGGACACCGAGAGGACACACACAUCGACGCGGGGACUCGCCGCCUGCCUUCGGGUUCAAACCCCCGCGACCACUGCGAUGUUUUCACUCUCCGGCGGCGACUAGCUGUAAACGGAUCAACUUUCCGUUGACACCGUAACGUACCGCGCGAGCGUUUUGCGCGUUUGCAGCAGCAGGAGCCUGAAAAACAAGGCAAAGAAAGGAGGAGGACCUUAAAACGGGACAACACCGACACACAGACGGAGAAGCAGCCAGGCUACUACGGGUAAUUCCUCCUCUCAGCUCCGCCUGAAAGCCCGUCCACAGCCUCCAGGAUGUCGGAGCGAGGAGGGCUCCCGCGGACUGGGGGCGUCCCUUCGCCGCACAUGCAGCCCUCCAAGCCGGUCAGCAUCACCUCCAACCGGCCGGUGCAAAUGAACCUGUACGCUACCUGGGAGGUGGACCGCUCCUCGCCCAGCUGUGUGCCGAGGCUGUUCAACCUGACUCUGAAGAAGCUGAUCAUGCUGAAGGAGCUGGAUAAAGACCUCACCUCUGUGGUCAUCGCCGUCAAACUGCAGGGCUCCAAGCGGAUCCUGCGCUCCAACGAGAUCCUGCUGUCCUCAGCGGGGCUGACAGAGACCGACCUGCAGCUCACCUUCUCCCUGCAGUACCCACACUUCCUGAAGAGGGACGCUAACAAGCUUCAGAUCAUGCUGCAGCGACGGAAGCGAUACAAGAACCGAACCAUCCUGGGCUACAAGACCCUGGCUCUGGGACUCAUCAACAUGGCCGAGGUCAUGCAGCACCCCAGUGAGGGGGCCCAGGUCCUGGGGCUCCACAGCCAGCUUAAGGACGCCUCGGUGCCCGUCGCUGAGAUCAGAGUCUACUCCCUGUCCAGCCAGCCCAUCGACCACGAGGGACCCAAAGCGAAGAUGUCUGAUCGCUCUCCAGACAUCGACAAUUACUCUGAAGAGGAGGAAGAGAGCUACUCAUCAGAACAGGAAGGCAGCGACGACCCUAUUCAUGGACAGUAUCUAUAUGACGAAGAAGAGGAAGUGAGGAAGAAGAAGCCGCGUCGCAAGCUCCCUUCCAAUGCUGCCAUCACCAGACAACCCAACAUCAAGCAGAAGUUUGUUGCCUUGCUGAAAAGGUUUAAAGUCACUGAUGAGGUUGGGUUUGGCCUGGAGCAUGUGUCGAGGGAGCAGAUCCAGGAGGUGGAGGAGGACCUGGACGAGCUCUACGACAGUCUGGAGAUGUACAACCCCAGCGACAGCGGGCCGGAGAUGGAGGAGACCGACAGCAUCCUCAGCACACCCAAACCUAAGCUAAGGCCGUUCUUUGAGGGGAUGUCUCAGUCCAGCUCCCAGACGGAGAUCGGCAGCCUGAACAGCAAAGGCAGCCUGGGCCGAGACACUUUCAGCCCGCAGGGGGAGCAGCCCCCUAUAGAGAAGAUGAAACUCUCCCGCAGCCGCAACCUGGAGGAGGCCCUGUCUGAGACCGACACGCUGGAGCUAACAGAUCAGGAGCUGUUUGCUGAGGUGGGCCCUUGCAUCAUGGUGUCAGUGGCAGAGAAACCCCGUACGCCUCUGAAGAGCAGCAAAAGUGAAACCCAGGCAAUGCCAUCGCCAAGGUUGGACGGCGGCCACACGCCCAGACAGAAGCGCAUCAGCACUCCCAUGAAGGAGCGACAGCUGUCCAAACCUUUGAGUGAACGGACCAACAGCUCCGACUCGGAGAGAUCCCCGGAGCUGGGACACAGCACGCCGCUCCUGAGGAAGGCAGUGUACGACCAGCUGAACCAGAUUUUGUUGUCGGACUCGGCGCUCCCAGAGAGUCUAAUCUUGGUCAAUGGCACUGACUGGCAGGGGCAGUAUGUUGCAGAGCAGCUCCAGGUACAAAGACACCCGGUGGUCUGCACGUGUUCGUCAGCUGAAAUCCAGGCGGUGCUGUCUGCCGUGCUCACUCGCAUCCAGAAAUUCUGUAACUGCAACUCUUCCAUGCCCAGAGCGGUGAAGGUGGCAGCGGUGGGCAGCCAGAGUUACCUGGGAGCCAUCCUGCAGUUCUUUGUCACUCAGCUCGCCAACAAGACGUCAGACUGGCUCAACCAUAUGCGCUUCCUGGUCGUGCCUCUGGGCUCCCACCCGGUUGCCAAGCACCUUGGUGCCCUCGACAACCGCUACAGCUCCUCCUUCCUGGACGGAGCAUGGAGAGACGUGUUCAGCCGCUCUGAGCCACCACAGACAGAUCAGUUGGAUGUCGCAGCAAGAAUCUCCCAGUAUAUCAGCGGAGCCACGGUCACGCACCAGCUGCCAAUCGCUGAGGCCAUGCUCACCUGCAAACACAGGACGCGAGAUGAAGACUCCUACCAGAAGUUUAUUCCUUUUAUAGGGGUAGUGAAGGUCGGUCUUAUCGAGUCUGGUCCUUCUCCAACAGGAGACACAGAAGAGGGUUUGGCGGUGAGCUUGGCCGUCCCCUCCACGUCUCCGCCCUCCCACGGCUCACCCACAGGGAUGAUUAAAGAGGCAGCCACGCCUCCCUCCUCCCCCUCCAUGGGCAGCGUCCUGACAGUACAAGGGAGUCCCAGCAUGUCUCACGGUGUGGACGCCAUCGGCCUGCAGGUCGACUACUGGCUGGCCUCUCUGGCUGAGAAGCGGCGGGAGGGCGAGCGGCGCGACACAGGCUGCAAAAACACGCUGAAGAGCGCCUUCCGCUCACUGCAGGUCAGCAGGCUACCAGGCGGGGGCAGCAGCGAUCCACAGGCACAGGUCAGCACGAUGGCCAUGACCGUGGUCACCAAGGAGAAGAACAAGAAAGUUCCAACCAUCUUCCUGGGAAAGAAGCCAAAGGAGAAGGAUGUAGACUCAAAAAGCCAGGUCAUUGAAGGCAUCAGCCGACUCAUCUGCUCUGCCAAGCAGCAACAGACCAUCCUGAAAGUGUCCAUAGACGGUGUGGAGUGGAACGAGGUUAAGUUCUUCCAGCUGGCCGCCCAGUGGCCCACUCACGUCAAAUACCUGCCUGUCGGACUUUUCGGCUACAGCAAGCCCCCCUCCUAGGGGUGAGCACCGGCCAGCUCCUCUGACCCUGACUAAACCUUCAACUCUCCUCGAUCCUGAAACACCUUUGUGCAAAGACCCCGCCUCACAGCACCUGCAGAUCUGAAAGAAGACGUCGAGUGGCUGGACUAUUUUCUUUAUGUAGUUUCAUUUUGGCUACAGUCGUCUUAUUUCUCUUUGGAGAGGAGGAAGAGGAAGAGAGGGAGGAGGGUGUUGCAGGGGUGCAGCGUUGUUACUAGUCACUUUAAUGCCCCUUUUUUUGUGUGUGUGGCGAGUGUGCAUGCACACGUGAAUGUACAGUAUGUGUGCGUGUGUGUGUGCGUGUGUGUUUACAGGGGGCUUACAGCACAAGUUUAUUAGCUAACUGCCAUUUACGUUUCCGUUCUAUGGAAUGCAAUAGCAUGCAACAGCUCACCGAUUUCAAGCCCUUAAAGUCCGACCCUCAACUUUCGAUCCCUACAAGGUCCCACUUACCUCACCACCCGAUCCACACAUGCAUGCUCUGAACUAACAGAUACACCACUCAUGUGCCGGAAAACAGUAACUCAGAAUUAAAAACAAAACAAAAAAAAGUACUGUAACAGGGCUUCAGUGUUUGCAUGAGCCAGUGAAAACACAAAGAAAAGUCUCCUCUGCUCACAAAAUGCAGUCAAAUAAAAGGCUUGCAUGUGAUGAGUUUCUUCAACAGACGCCCGUCAAAACAGGCCCAUUAUUUAUUGAUUUUAUUUCAAGGGCUUCCAUAUAAUUUAAAAUAUUUUUUCUGUACCACAAUAAGUCAUUUGGGUGUCUAAUGCCUAAUGAUUCCUUUCAAAAAACAAAAAAGAAUAUAUAUAUCUAUAUAUAUAAAGGGGAAGCGUCUUUUUUUUUUUUUAAAUUGUGCUCUCGUGAAAAAUAGUAAUACCUUCCCUUUAACGCUGUUUUGUGAUGCAUAGUGUACGUUUUUGUGAAGAGUUCCAAAAUUUCAGGGCAGGGGCUACUGUAACGUGCAGUUUUCUUUAUCUCCUUAUUUGCUAUGCACUUACGAAGACACAUCUGGGUGUUUGCAGAGUACAGCUGGUAAAAAAAAAAAUCGAUUAACCCUAGCAAACAUGCAACAACAAACAAACGCAUAUUUAAACGGUCCUAAACUUGGCAGCGUUGAUGGGAAUAUAAUGAAUAAAAUCUGCUUUUCAAUACACCACAGAAAUGGGAGUUAAAGUCCUGCAAUAAAGCACAAUGUUGUUUGCCAGUUGUCCCCUAGAUAUUUUUUUCUUUAUUGGCAACAGAUUGGCAGCUUUCUCUUCAGUGAAAACAGCAGACCUGUUGAAAAAACAAAUUUUUUUAAGCAUUUUCCUUUUCUUAUCGGACUCCUUAAAGGGACAGUUCACCCUAAAAUCAUAAGGACAUAUUUUUCUUCUUACCUGUAGUGAUAUUUAUCAGUCUAGAUUGUUUUGGUGUGAGUUGCUGAGUGUUGGAGAUAUCAGCCGUAGAGAUGUCUCCCUUCUCUCCAGUAUAAUGGAACUAGAUGGCACUCAGCUUGUGGUGCUCAAAGUGCCAAAAAUACAAUCUUAAGAGCAAUGUGGUGUUGUCAAAAACAUCGAUUUAACAUAUUUCAGGACUCAUUUCUUGCAGGUAACAGGAAAAAUAUGUCCAACACUCAGCAACUCACACCAAAACAAUCUGGACUGAUGAAUAGCACUGCAGGUAACAGGAAAAAUAUGUAUUUAUGAUUUUGGGGCGAACUGUCCCUUUAAUAACCACCAUUUUAUCAGGAAAUAACAGAUGUAUUUGGGUUGAUGUUGAGUUAUUUUGGCACAGGUCUGCUUAAAGCUUUCUCUAGGCUGUUGUGAGGUGAUUAGUGAGUGUACAGUAACUGGUAACAAGUGUGUGUGUAUGUGGUGAAUUUAAUGUAACGUGGUCAGAAACUUUGAGAAAAAAAAAAUCACUAAAUUAGGAGGAAUACUUUUUCUACCGUGUGAUAGAGGGCAUGCAGUUGGUGUGUGUGUGUGUGUGUGUGUGUGUGUGUGUGUGUGUGUGUGUGUGUGUGUGCGUGUGUGUGUGUGUGUGUGUGUGUGUUGGCACUAUGUGUUGAUGGUGUGGUCAUUAUCGAUAUCAUUGGGUAACAGAUUAGGGCUGCAAAAGCUGCCAUGGUCGGCCUAGUUACUUUGUGGCCUGGCACAAGGCGAAUGCGGAUUUUUCCACCAAUAUCAAAACACUUUGAAAAAAAAAACCAAAACAGAAUCACUUAAUUGUAUUCAAUUUUCUUGACAUAAUUCGAUUGAAAUUCAAAUCAUGGUUUAUCAUGAUUCCUCUGAAAGCAGUUUUUUAAAGCCUUGUGUCACCUACAUUGUAACACUCUCCAUCUCCAGUAAAGUAUUAGGUUUUUUUAAAAAGUGUUAAUGCCAGUGUCUUGAUUUAAAUGCUGUUUUUGGUUGAAAUCACAUUUUCCUGUUUUGAUGUUACAGUGUUACAGUCGUGAUGUCAGCAGCACGUCUCAAACUCGGCUCAUUUUUCUGUCCGACAGAACCUGUUACAUGAAGGUUUCACUCUGAAGGGUUUGCUUGUUUGUUCACUCACUGUUUGGCUAACAGCUCGUCUGUCACCACCCAACAGACGCUCAGUUUGUUUGGUGUUGAUUGAUAAUUCGUAUUGCCAAAUAUUUGAAUGUAUUGAAUUUAGUUUACAUGUGCAGUUUUAAGGCACACGCAGAUGUUGCUGUAGUAUAAUCACUUCGGUGUUAUUUGGCUUUAACUAGACUGAAGAAAUGGUCCAGUGAGGUCAUUUCUAAACCAGUCUGGAUACUUCCCUUCAACUUUUUUGUGCAAACAACCUAUAAAAAGCAAACAGCCAGUGGGCUCGUGAAAGCACCCCUCUUGAAACCUGUACUUUUUCUUCACUCGUGUUGCUGACAACCAGUUAAGGGCUUUACAGACAGACUGACUGACUGAUAGCCUCCACACGGGGGGCUGAGUUUAAUUAUUCCAGAUUAUCAGUGAACGAUUAUCAGGUAGUUUGACAUCAUUUCAUUCCAAAAUUAUUAACAUUUGAAUCCUGGCACUCUUAAAGUCUUUUUGGCGCAUAAGCAAACAUCAUUUGCUCUUAGAAAAACAACACUCAUCUUGGUACCACUUUAAAAUAACCUUUACGUAGAGAGGAUUUAUAUGUUGGCACUAAUGACUUCAUUAAAGUUAAUGAAUAAUUAAAGAAUGCAUUAAAGUUCAGGAUUGAGCUGCUAUGCGCUAAUUGUGUUGCCAAUUUUAGUGAAGUAUCCCUUUGGUUAGUUUGCAAUGUAUCAAUAUAAAACAAUAUGGCUUUUAAAGGUGCACUUAUGAUUAUUUUAUAGUAACAAUGGGAUAAAUUACUACAUGUAAUGUGAAGGGUGCAGCUCAUACUGACAACCCCCCGAAAAUUAGCAUCCACCUCAAUUUCCUAUCCAGUCUAUGGAGCGUUUAAGUGUCUUUUAGCUCAUUGUUUUGGUGUAAUGGUGCGUUAAUUGAACACAAGGUGAAUUUUCUUGUCUCUAAGUCGCAGGAAUACAGCUGCUGGACUGUUUUUUGGGAGUAUUUCGCAACUGGCACCCUUAACAACUGUGCUAACGGUUGUACUAACUAACUGUGAAAGGUAGCUAACGACUAACUUAGUCAGCAGUUUUCACAUCUCUAACUCGUGGGAAUACAGCUGCUGGACUGUUUUGUUUUUAUUUGGUUUUUUUUUUUUUUGGAGUAAUUUGCAACUGCCGUCCUUAACAACUAUGCUAACAGUUUUGCUAGCUAACUGGGAAAGGCAGCUAACAGCUAACUUAGUUUGCGUAAAAUACAACUGAUAGUUGGAAUCAAGUAAUGUGAACAUGGUAAACAUGUAAGCUCCAUUCUCCGAACCAGUGUGAACCAACACAGCAAAACUCUUUAUUUUUCAUACUGUCACCACUUCACUUUUUCUGCUGUUUACAUUCCACAAUGAAAGACCAACUUUAACGACGCAGCUUUUUGCAAAGAAGUGACUCAACAAAAUACCUCACACAAGUCACAAAUUUACAGAACUUACUGUGUAGUCCUGUGACUCUCCUUUUUUUCUCUGUCUCUGUACUGUACUGAUGUUGAGUUGUAGAGUUCUGAGUGCCCACCGUAGAUUUAUAACACUAACUACAUACCAGGCCAAGAUGGUGCCUAUUGAUUUCAAUGUAAUGGCUCGCCUGGUGCAUAUGCCAAAAAAGAAAUUCUAAUUUCAGGUUUACUUCCCUGGUAUGUGGCCUACUGAAUAUGUUUCUCCCACUUGCCCCGCCUACAAGUCCCAGCUCUGCUCGUAGACUUUGUGACGACGUCACAGAUUUUUAAAUUGUUUUUCUCAGCUAGAAGACAGUUUAACAAAUAUAAAACCACCAUGGUUUAAAAAUUAGAGUCAUAAUUGAACGUGUUUGCAGCGUCAACAGUUUUAUAGACAUCUCUUUAUAAUGGUGGCCUUUGGGGACAAAGCUUUUUGGGCUGCAGGGGAUUUUAUCACUGUAAUACCGCAAGUGGCCACUGGGAAAAAUUGGGAGCAAGACUGAGCGGCUCUCCUGGGGGCUUGGUGCCCACAGACAGCAUUAUUUGACCUCUAUUUCUGAUUCUCGGUGAGGUCAGGAGCAUCUCAACCAGAUCUCAAUGCUAAUAGGCUUCAAAUUCAGAUAUUUCAACUUGUGCUAUUACACGAAUAGCACGAAUUUUGCAUCUUUGCGUCAUUCACGUCACCCAGCGAAAAAUUGCAUCUCUUCAAGUUCAAGUCUUUGCAUUGACUUUGUAUGUUAUGGCGCCAUGCAAAAUGCUCACUUCACGUUUGGAUGAACACACGAUAAAUGCCGACAAUUUUUACUGUUAUGGUUCACUCUCUCGGGUCUCACCAGCCUCUUUUCUAGCCAGAUUAUAUGUCAGAAAAAGUCUCCAAAACCCGACUAUACACCACCUGUCCAGCAACAAACAGCAGACUGAUGCAGUUAGCAGCUAGCAACACAAUGGAGCAUUUAGCAGCUUAAGGGCCUGAUAUUUCCCUCAGGAGUCGGUGGAGACUCAAACUGAGCCCACAUGAGGGUUCAUAUUGGGCUUACAGUCAUCAGGUGGUCAGAAACAUGACUCCAAAUGAUUGAUAAUGUCUUUCUGGGUCUGCUGGAUGUGUAAACAUGCAACAGUUUGCUCACUAACAAUAAUAUCAAUGUUGUGUUCAAAUCUUGUUUCUGCUGCCCCCAAGUGGACGAAUAAAUUCAAAUAAAUUUGCUUUAUGUUUAAAUGUUUGCAGAUAAUUAUAGAAGGUUUUUUAAGAUCUGUUGUACAGAAUUAACUGUAGAUAAACCAAAGGGAAGCUUCACUAAAAUACUGAAAUCCAAAAUUCAGUUCACUUUACGCAUUGUAAUAACUUCCUUCUGAUCUGUUUUAACCUUUAAUAAAGUCAUUAGUGACAACUUAAGACGUUUUUUUAAAUUGUUCUUUACCAUGAAAGGGUGCCACAUUUUUAAAUUUGAAACUCGGAUUUCAAAAAGGAAAAUUUUUCCAAAAUUUAUAUAAUUUUUUUUUUCUACUUAAACUGUAAACACGGAGCGUCAGUAAACUUGUAUCUGCUGUUAGAGAUGACCUUGCCUAACUCAGAAUGCUCUCUGCCUUGUAGUGUUGUUGCCUAAAUAUUAUUGCAACAAUGUGAAUCCAAACUUUCCUAUAUCGUAUGUAGUCCUAGUUUAUUGAUGCCUCUUUCACUCGCAGCCUCCACAGGGAAGGUCAAGGUCAGGUCAGCUGACUCUCCGGCUGCCUGCCACCGAUUGAACCGAACUUGGAAAUAUUCCACUGAAAGCGAGGCAUUAAAAACUAAAUCACUGCCAAAACUAAAAUGUGAAGAAAUAGUGAUUAUAUUCAAAUAGUUUGAUGGGUUUUUUUGGGUGCCGAUUACUGAAAACACAUUAACAACAAUCUUUAUUCUGAAGUCAUCAUUUCAAUGUUUGGAGGAACUUCUUUUAAUCAUAGCCGCAUUCUGCAGCUUCAUGUUUCAUCAGCCAUCUUUCAUCAUCCUUCUUUCAUCAGCCAUCUUUCCCAUUGUCCUUACAGUUUACACGUUUUCCUAAAGUCUGUUUAAAAACGCUGGUUGUUCUGUACCUAAGUCUUGAACUUGUUCCUGUGUGUUUUUACCCGUACCUCUGUACCUGUGUCGACCUGUGUGUUUUUGUGACAGUGUUAACGAUGGUUCCUGUCCUUGACUAGUCGUGGUUAGAGAUUAGGAGCUGUUUGGUCCAUCAAUAAUCUCUGUCAGUGAUCAGCAGUGUCUUCUCUCUCCACCGUCCUCAGAUAUACCUCUGAUGAUGAGAGAGUCUUCUUUACCAGGCUUCCACAAACUUAGCUUUCUAAAUGAUAUUGUCCCCCAUUCCCCAACAGCUUGUAAAUUUUGCUGUCUGUCCUCAUGGGAAUGGGAUUUGCCUAUGAAGCAGUAGAUUUCUGCCUGACGAGGUUGUGCUCAGAGCAGAGCGUCCUAAGCUUGUGGACUUGUGGAGAGUAUUUUUGCACAUGCCAUUGUUUCUUCAGCAGCAGUCUUCAGCUUUUUUGCCUUUUGCCUAUAACAAUAAUAAACUAUAAUGCUUGUACAUAUCAGAUAGUACUUGUUAUAUUGUAUUCUAGUUCUGUUUUUUUUUUCUUUUCUUAAUUUGACAUGUUUUGUAGUACUGCUUUUUCAUGAUUACGUUUGUCAAUCAAACAGAUGUGGGAUGAAAAGUGGAAGUGUUCAUUGUUUCAUUUGUUUUUUAAAAUAAAACUAUUCCUGAUUUGUAA